UGAUCUCAUUUGCAUGUUAAAGUUUUCAGAGAUACCUCUGUUGUCUUAUUCCACGCUAAGUGUGUCACUGUCAUUCAAGCGGACUUUGUCAACGUGAAAAAGAUGCAACAACCAUUCCGGUUACUUUGUUUGUCAGUUCUCCUUUUUCUAACAGAUAGCGCUCCAGCAAAUGAUACCGCACCUGGAGAUGGUAUAAUUGAAAUAGCGGCAGGGGUUCUCGACAACACUGUAAAUGAUACCAUUGAUAUGCCAUCAACUGGUGAUGUAGCUGCCACUGGUCUCAUUGAUAUGCCAUCAACUGGUAAUGUAUCUGCUACUGGUCUCAUUGAUAAGCCAUCAACUGGUGAUGUAGCUGCCACUGGUCUCAUUGAUAAGCUACCAACUGGUGAUGUAGCUGCCGCUGGACUCAUUGAUGUGCUAUCAAGUGGUGAUGCAGCUGCCAUUGGACUCAUUGAUAUGCUAUCAAGUGUCGAUGAAGCUCCCACUGGUCUCAUUGAUAAGCCAUCUACUGGUGAUGUGGCUGCCACUGGUCUCAUUGAUAUGCCAUCAACUGUUGAUGUAGCUGCCACUGGUCUCAUUGAUAUGCCAUCAACUGGUGAUGUUGCUGCCACUGGUCUCAUUGAUAUGCCAUCAACUGGUGAUGUUGCUGCCACUGGUCUCAUUGAUAUGCCAUCAACUGGUGAUGUAGCUGCCAUUGGUAUCCAAAGUGAUACGCCAAGCAACAAUAACAAAGGUGACACAGUUGCCACCAACAACCAAGCAGACGCUGUGGUCAUUGGCGACCAGGUUGUAGCUCCCGUGAUUGACAUUCAGUCUGGAUUUGAUGUAGUCGAAGAAUUAGAAGGCGUAGGAAUACCACCGGCGCAUGACACCGACACUACCGGAAGUAACACGAACACCAAAACAGCCGACACUGACAUCAUUAAGGAUACCGAGGCGUUGUUACCUGGACCAUAUGUCACGUUAGAGGAAGCUAACUCCGACAAUGAAAAGCUUUAUCUCGAUCCGGCUAUUUGCAAGAAGUGCAACCCUGAUAUCACAGUUAGAAAUUCAUGUUUCCUGAAACACCCACUUGACUGCAGAAAGUAUAUUCACUGUAUCUUCCCUAAUGAGAAAUGGAUUGCUUACAACAUGCGGUGUGGAUUCGGAACGUUCUGGUCGUACGAACACAAUACUUGCCAAUUCUCUCACAUGGUGGACUGCACUACAGACCUGUGUCGAAACCCUACUCUCAAAUCAUACGACAAUGCGCUAAACGAUAACUGUCGGGCGUAUUGGUCAUGUGAGAAAGGACACUCGGUACCAGUGUGCUGUGAUAAAUACUUCUCCUACCGAUCCGGUCAAUGUGUACCCGACAAUAACUGCACUAACGAGUGUCCAGACCCCUGUCAGAACACGGACAUUACUUCGUACGCCAAUGAUAUUAAUUGUCGUAAUUUCUACGAAUGUAAAAACAAAAAGUCGAAAUCCUUCUGUUGUGCAGCAGGACAAGCCUAUAUCAAUGGCACCUGCAUGGAUGACAGUGUUUGUGAUCUGCCAUGCCCAGCAGAUGCUAUUCUACUCGAAAGAAAGGAGAUCACGGCGACAACCGAUAAACCCACUACAAAACGGAGUUGCUCUCUGGAAGCGGUUGGUAGAAAAACGUUCCAGUUCAUUGGAAAUACAAACAAGUUACAUAUCACGACUUGCCCUGGGAAUCUUGUGUUUAGAAUUGAGAAAUGUACUUGUGACCACCCCUCAUCCGACAUUUCGGACACUUUGCCCAGAGAGUGUAAACCGGAAGUGUGUGUCAACUUCGAGUCGGACUUGCAUUCCUUUAAGGUAGAAAACCACCACAAGGUCAAUAUCAGUGGAGGACGUGGACAUUUUAAUGGCGAAUCUUAUCUGGCAAUCCCCGUGUACUCUUUUAACGAACGAUUCUCAAAGAACACGAACAUAAAGAUGUUGUUCAAGUCCAAACCAGGGAUUGGACAAGAUCGACAAGUUCUCGUUUCAAAUUGUCGAACUGUUAUCUCAGCCGGAAGUUCACGUCUUUCCCCUUCAUUAGCAAUCUUAAUUGACAAAUCGCUUGAACAACACUUCGUGAUAUACCUAGGAACUACCAAAGAUAACGGAAAUGCUAGUAUUGCGCAUACGUUCCAGCCCAAUCAGUGGACGAGUUUGGAGCUAUUGUUUGACGGACACAGACUUUCUGCUACUACCAGCAGCAUUGAUUACGACACAGGCCGAUCCAUAGACAGUCAGUUCGAUACCAAGGAACUCACUGGAGAACUUAAAGUAGGAUUGGAGUCAUUGAAAAUUGGGAAAUGCCUUCUUCGAGACGGCUUCCAUGGUGAAAUGGAUGAUGUUUGUAUUGGUGAUUGUGUGAAUGGCAAAUUCUUCGGAAGCCCUCCUGUGUGAACACACCUCAACAUAAUAUAAUAUUAAGAUGGGUUAUAAUGUUAAAAGUAUGUGUAACAUUCUUUAACUCAUUUAAAUGUCGCAAAUGUUAUUAACUUUCGCGAUUGUUCUUCGAGCAAAUUCUGUGCGAAUAUUGAAUGAGCAUCAUUUCUCAUUUCAUGUAUCUGAAGACUUUCUUUAUGUGAUAUCUGAUUAACAAAACAACACGCUCUGGAAAUAGUGCUGAAGGAUCACUGCCGCACUGCAAAACACUGGCGAAUUCCAAAGCAGAUUUUCAAACAUACAGUAACCUCCCCUAAAUUUUGCCUAAGAUAUAUUAACUGUUGAGGAACUGGGCAAGGGAAGCACCGUUGAUCAGGUACCUCAGUUUGUUAGAGAUACCGUUAUGUGAUCAAAGGUUCAUUGUUGGAAUCCCCAUGUGGUCCUGUUGCAUUUUUACUCGUAAAACAGUGUUUGAUCUAUCAUUAUUAUUAUCAUUAUUAUUUCAUAUUAUUAUUUUUUCAUUUUAAGUUCCGCAAGGUACUACUUUCAAACGUGUUAUUGUAUAUGUUCUUCAUAUUAUAAAAAAGGAUUCCUGAACUCGUGACAGUUGUUUCUCAUAAUUAUUCAUCUCAAUUAUUUAAUUUUCAAAUUUCAAAACACAACAACUCUGCAUUUGACUAUAUAAUGGAUUCGUGAGAUAUUUUUUUUAUCAUGAAAUAUCAAUUUUAAACUGACGUCGGGAUAUAGUUUCUGUCUGAUAUGUAGAUUAGUAGCUACAUAUCCUUUUGACGUCGUCAUAAUGAAUUUCAUGCCCAUGCCGAUACUUGCAUCAUGAUAGAUUCAUAUGUUAUUAUCGUUUUGCUAUGGUCUUCAGAUUCAAAUAAAACAUAUUUGUACA